AUGCUAAAUAUAUCUUUUAAGCAUACUGACAAACUAGUACAAAGACUGUCUAAGUUAAAUUUAGUGUCUUUUAAAAGGUUACUUUCGAUACAAACACUUACUACGCCAAAUGAAAAUGCAUUAAAAUUUAUCUCUAAGGAUGGUGAAAUGUUUCAAAUUAGAGGUUCUAAGAGUAUCAUGAUUAAAAACACUGAUCAGACAUUGAUCAAUCACUCCAAGUUUGCAGAACAACUGUUUGUACAAUGUCCUGGUAUUGAAGAACUUAUGAUAGGGGAUGAUUUUGUAACAAUAAAUAAGGAUCCUAUGGUACAUUGGAAUUCUGUUAAACCUACAGUGUUAGAGAUAUUAACAAAGCAUUUAGCCUCUGGUGAAGAUGUAGUAAGUGAUGAAUUUCAGCAGGUGCAAGAACAAAAAGACGGCGGAUAUAAGAUUAAUAUACCUAAGUUUACAUAUAGUGAAGAGGAAGAGGAAAUCAGUGAAUUGAUUGAAGAACUUAUUGACACUAGAAUUAGACCUGCAAUUAUGGAAGAUGGUGGUGAUAUAGAUUACCGUGGAUGGGAUCCAAAGACUGGUGUUGUAUAUUUGAAAUUGCAAGGGGCUUGUACUUCCUGUUCAAGUAGUGAAGUCACUUUAAAGUAUGGUAUUGAGUCUAUGUUGAAACAUUAUGUGGAGGAGGUUAAGGAAGUAGUUCAAAUGAUGGAUCCUGAACAAGAAAUAUCGUUAAAAGAAUUUGAUAAAUUAGAAAAGAAAUUAUCAGCUAGUAAACCAAAUAGUAAUGGCACCGCAAAUAUUUAA